ACCGAGCAACAAUUGUGCUAGCGGUCCACAUAAAGUGCUCAUCUCCUCUUUCACUCGUCUUUUCUGAAAUUAGGGUUUCUGUUUCUUGUUCGUAGCCCUCGCAGCCGGUUUCCGAUUCUCCAAGAUGCCGUCGCACAAGACCUUCAGAAUCAAGAAGAAGUUGGCGAAGAAGAUGAGACAGAACAGGCCUAUUCCUCACUGGAUCCGUCUUAGGACUGACAAUACCAUCAGGUACAAUGCGAAGCGAAGGCACUGGCGCCGCACUAAGCUCGGAUUCUGAGGUGUUUUGCAUGUGAUUUUCUCUUCAUCCUUGGCAAUUGUUUUGAUCCUAAUUAAGCGUUAGUAGUGGAGAAGACAGAGAAUAUAGAGCUAGAUGUUUGAAUUUUUGCCUCUCAAUUAAGAAUUUAUCGAAGAGAAUCUCGAGUAGUCUUUAGGGCUACUUCUAUGUUAAAUUUAUAUCUGGAGUGAUGUCAAUUCGGAAGUUAAUUCUGUUGGUUUAGUUCAGUUUGGUGCCAUUUCUUCUAA